GCCCCUCCCUCCCGCCCGCCCGCGCCAACCCAACCCAAUCUCCCGCGCGCCACACGCAUGCCCGGCAGCAGGGCGGCGUCGACGGCGAGGACGACGACGACGACGCGGCGCCACCGCGGGCGCCGCGCGGGCCGUCCAUGAGCAGGAAGGGCGACCGCGCCGACAAGAAGCCGCACCCGAGAUCACCGCGCGGCGCCGGGGGCGACAGGGAGGGCGGCGGCCGGCAGCGGAGGGCGGACGGGGGGAUGCGCAUCGUGGUGCCGCUGCAGGGGGUGGUGCAGGGCCGCGGCGGGCUCGUCCUCGGCUCCCUCAUCCCCUGCGCCCUCUUCUACUUCCUCCAGCUCUACAUCAAGCGCAACCGCCCGCCGCCGGGCUCCCCCACCGCGGCCUCCUCCGCCGCGCCCGCCGCGGCGGGCCCGCUCUCGCCGAUCCACCGCUCCCUCUCGCGGGGCCUGCUCUCCCCGCGCGCGCUCCCGGCCCUCUCCGCCCGCGGCGCCCUCGUGCGCGCCGGCGACGAGGACUCGCUCUACUACGCCGGCCUCCGCCGCUGCGCCGACGACCCCUACCACCCCGCCUCCAACCCCUCCGGCGUCAUCCAGCUCGGCCUCGCCGAGAACCACCUGUCCCUGGAUUUGGUGAGGGAGUGGAUGGAGGAGCACGCGGGGCCGGCGAUGACGCCGAGCGGAGGCGCCGAGGAGAGGGACCUCACCAUCAGCGGGCUCGCCACGUACCAGCCAUACGACGGGAUACUUGCCUUGAAGAUGGCUGUUGCUGGAUUUAUGAGGCAAAUAAUGCAAGAGUCAGUAUCCUUUGAUCCAUCUCAAAUGGUGAUAACAUCUGGUGCAACGCCUGCAAUGGAAAUACUGAGCUUCUGUCUUGCUGAUCCAGGAAAUGCAUUUCUUGUUCCGUCACCGUACUACCCUGGGUGGGACAGGGAUAUAAAAUGGCGAACCGGUAUUGAGUUGAUUCCUGUUCCUUGCCGUAGCACCGACAACUUUAACAUCAGUAUCACUGCUCUAGAAAUAGCGUAUAAUCAGGCAAAGAAGCGAGGGGUGAGGGUUCGUGGGGUUCUCAUAUCUAAUCCUUCCAACCCCACAGGAAGCUUUGUGCCCAAGCAAACACUGCGCGAUCUUCUAGAUUUUGCUACAGAGAAGAACAUACACUUGAUUUCUGAUGAAGUAUUUGCCGGUUCAACAUUCGGAAGUGGUGAAUUUGUCAGUGUGGCAGAGCUCGUGAACGAGCUAGAAGACUUUGACAGAGGCAGGGUUCACAUAAUCUACGGGCUCUCAAAAGACCUAUCUCUUGCAGGGUUUCGAGUCGGAGUCAUAUAUUCGUAUAACGAAAGCAUUGUGGAGGCAGCUGCCAAGAUUGCCAGAUUCUCAUCUGUGUCGACCCCGACCCAGCGCCUUCUUGUUGCCAUGCUUUCGGACCAGAAGUUUAUUUCAAAUUACCUGAAAGUUAACAGAGAGAGGCUGCGCAAGGCGUACAAUCUGCUCGUUGAUGCUUUGAAACAGGUGGGCAUCGAGUGCUUCAAGAGCAGCGGAGGGUUCUACUGCUGGGCAGACAUGAGCAAGUUCAUCCGGUCUUACAGUGAGAAAGGGGAACGCAGGCUUUGGGACAGGCUGUUGGAGGAGGCGAAGGUCAAUGUCACCCCAGGUUCAUCUUGCCAUUGCAUUGAGCCUGGUUGGUUUAGGUGCUGUUUCACAACGUUGAGGGAGCAGGAUAUUCCUGUGGUGGUGGAAAGGCUCAGGAGGGUCACAGAUGGCCACAAAUCAAACCGCUGAAACGCCUAGAGAACUCCUUUUGGGCCUGUAGGGUGUCAAGAAAUAACUGCUUCGCCAGGUGCUUCGAAGAAAACGCAGGAACACACAGGGAAAAAAUGCCUACCUGUUCCGAUAAGAGGGAUUCCGUCUUGGCAUCUACCAUUGGGGUAGGUUUGAAACUGACAAUUGUUGGAAACAGUCAUGCCUUUGGUGGUGGAACAAAGAACAGGGAUCAUGUUCAUAUUGGUCAUGUCCUCUCUGUUCCUGUUGAAUCCAAGCACGGCAGCUCUUCGGAAGGUUGUAAUUGUGUCGAUUCUCAUCUGCUUCCCUGUAGGUGUCACAGGCGGUAAAUUGUCCGUCUUAUGGUAGGCGUGGGCCAAGUCUUGUGUUCAUUCGCCUGUUAAAUCCUGUUAUCCUCUUUUUUUUUUGGCAAUUUUGUUCUUUGGUAACAUAAGUUAGUGUCGAGGAAUUCAGUUUCUUCUGUUCUUGUCAUCUGUAAAGUAUCCAGUUUGUGAAUUCAGGUUCUUUCUCCUCUGGCAAUUUUGUUCCUUGGUGACAUAAGUUGGUGUUGAGGAAUUCAGGUUCUUAUCAUCUGUAAAGUAUCCAGUUUGUGA